AAAGAUCUCACAAGUCACAAGCCCAUAUUCUCACGCAUAAUCUGACAUACAGACAUACUCCUCUUUUCCAUUCUUUUCCAGAUUUCUUCAUCUUCAACGGCUGAAAAUCAAUAUCCUUCGGUUAUUGACUAUUGAUAAUCAUGGGUAUAAUAACAAAAUUAUUUGGGAUUUUGAUUGCAUAUCUUCAACGGUUCAAAUUAUUCCUUUGGAUUGCAUAUCUCCUCUAUUUGCAUCUCCUCUUGGUGUUUAUCUGAAUUGUUCAUAAAUGAUGGUCCAUGGCUGAAUUCUUCAGAUUUGGGAAUUGGGAUUUUGGGAACUAUGUGCAAUUUUGACUUGUGGGAACUGAGAAAUAGUCAAGUAGAUCUACAUAAAUCCAGCCAUCCAGGUGCUAUUGUUCUUUAAUAUUCUUAUACGAAUUACAAAGUAUUAGUAUUUAGACAUUUAGUAACAGUUUAUAGUUGAGUGAUUUUGUGAUUGUCUUGUAUUUUUUUAAUUGUUUUUCAAUGUCUCCCGAAAGGCAAUAUAAAUCUGGAAGUGAAAAAAGAAAAAAAAAACAACGGCUGGAUGAAUUACAAACAUCACAAAGAGGAUCUAUGGAUAAAUUUGUUAUUAAAAAAAAUAAUUCUCAAGAAAAUUGUAGUGGUACUUUUAAUGGGGAUCAGUUGACUGCAAACUUAGAUCAUGAAAAUUAUAUUAGUGAUCACGAGCCUAAUGUUGUUCCUAAUGUGUCUAUUGAUGUGCCAAAUGUGUCGAAUGAUGUGCCAAUUGAGCCUAAUGAAGUGCCAAUUGAGCACAAUGAAAAUCCCAAUGUCGGUGAAGAUGAAACUAUCCCUGACAUUUAUGAUCCUGCAAAUUGGGAUAAUUUGGAUCACAAGGAAAGAGACAUCUUAGUUGAGAAAGGGCCUCCUGUAAGAGAACUUAAUCUUAACUUCCCUUUAGAUAAUCUCAGUAGGCAUUUUUCGUGUUCUUUUUACUCUAAAAAGUUAAACAAUGGUGAGAUUAUUGAUAGAAAAUGGUUGGUUUAUUCCAAACAUGUAGACAAAGUUUAUUGCUUCUGUUGCAAAUUGUUUAAAUCUGAUAUUAACAGAAGUUUGUUAGCAAAUGUCGGGUUUAGAGAUUGGAAGCAUAUUAGUGAAAGACUUAAGCAACACGAGAAUAGCACUGAACAUAUGACUAACAUGAAUACUUGGAAUGAGUUGAGAGUAAGAUUCGACAAAAAUCAAACAAUUGAUAAAAAUUUACAACAACAGGUUAUGAAAGAGAAAGAACGUUGGAGACAAGUUUUACGUAGAAUCCAUUCUGUUGUGAAAUUUCUUGCUAAGAACAAUCUUGCUUUUCGCGGAUCUAAUGAGAAACUAUAUCAAGAUAGCAAUGGGAUAUUUUUGGGAACGGUUGAAAUGAUUGCGGAGUUUGAUUUGGUAAUGCAAGAACAUAUUAGACGCAUUAAAAGUCAGGAAAUUCAUUAUCAUUAUCUUGGCCAUAAAAUUCAAAAUGAGUUCAUCUCACUGUUAGCCCAAAAUGUGAAAAAUUCCAUAAUAAAGAUAAUAAAAGAAGCCAAGUAUUUUUCUAUUAUUCUUGAUUGUACCCCCGAUACGAGUAAUCAAGAACAAAUGACUUUAAUAAUACGAUGUGUGAAUAUGUCAAGUCAAAACAUAAAAAUAGAAGAGUACUUUCUUGAGUUUCUAAAGGUGGAUGAUACAAGUGGGUUGGGACUCUUUAAUGAACUACUUGAUGUUUUGAAAUGUUUAAAUCUAUGUGUUGAUGAUGUGAGGGGUCAAGGCUAUGAUAAUGGUUCAAAUAUGAAAGGUAAGCAUCAAGGAGUUCAAAAGAGGUUACUUGAAAUAAAUCCGAGAGCCUUAUAUAUGCCAUGUGCUUGUCAUAGCCUUAAUCUCACUCGUAGUGAUAUGGCACAUUCUUGUACUAAAGCUAUUUCAUUUUUUGGGAUUGUUCAACGCAUGUAUUGUUUAUUUUCAAGUUCUACAAAAAGAUGGAAAACUUUCCUUGAUUUUGUUCCCGGUUUGACUGUGAAAUCUUUGUCUAAUACUCGUUGGGAGAGUCGCGUUAAAAGUGUCAAACCUAUUAGAUUUCAAGCUCCUCAACUAAGGUUGGCUUUGUUGGAAUUAUCUGAAACUUGUGGUAAAGAUGCCAAGGCAAAAAGUGAAGCAGAAAGUAUGAUUAAUGCACUUCAAAGUUUUGAGUUUUUAUUUGGUAUGGUUAUUUGGUAUGAAGUUUUAUUUACUAUUAACAUGGUGAGUAAAAAGUUACAAUCUAAGUCCAUGUGCAUCGACGUUACUAUUAAGCAAGUACAAGGUAUACUGUCAUAUUUUGAAAACUAUAGAGAUAAAGGUUUUGAAUCUUGUAUGAUAGUUGCUAAAACUGUUGCUUUUGAUAUGAAUGUAGAGCCUAUCCUUCCAACUAGACGGCUUAUUACUAGGAAGAAGCAAUUUGAUGAGCAUGAUCAUGAUGAGGAAAUUAUGUCACCAGAAGAGUCAUUUCGAAUUAACUAUUUUUUGGUUGUUGUGGAUAUGGCUAUUAGUUCUUUGAAAAGUAGAUUUGAGCAACUAAAGAUUUUCGAAAGUAUAUUUGGGUUUUUAUGCGAUUCAAAUAAGCUAAAGUCUUUAGAUGAAAUUCAUUUAAGAAAAUGUUGAGAAAACCUGUACUCUACGUUUUCUCAUGGUGAUGUAUCAGAUUUUGAUUUAAAUGAUCUUUUCUCCGAAUUAAAAGUGUUACAAGUAACAUUGCCAAACGAAUUACUAUCAUCCAUUGAAAUUCUUGAAUUUGUCAAAGCCAUAGAUUGUUAUCCAAAUGUUUCUGUAGCUUAUAGAAUUUUAUUAACAGUACCUAUGACUGUAGCAUCUGCCGAGAGAAGUUUUUCAAAAUUAAAAUUAAUAAAGACUUACUUGAGAUCAUCAAUGUCGCAGGAAAGAUUAAGUGGAUUAGCAAUUUUAUCUAUCGAGAAAGACAUAUUGGAAAACAUUGAUGCUGAUGAUAUUAUUAAUGAUUUUGCAUCUCGAAAUGCUAGAAGAAAUCGUCUAAUUUAAUUUUUUGUGUUUUUGGUUUUGAAGUUGGCGGGAUAAAUGAGGGCAAACCGAAGGAUGAACACUGAAGUGGCUAGUGACUUUAGCAAAAAGGGCCCCAACUUGACAUCUCGCCCCGGGCCCUCAAAAAGUCAGGACCGGGCCUGGUGUGUGGUUGGCUGGUUUCUUGGUUACCUAGAAAGCCUUUUGUUGCUAGCUCGUCAUACAUAGGAGGUGAUGCAGCAUUCUUAUCAUAAGCAGUCCUUCUCUCGAAUUCUUGUAUUGCCAUGCCUUUGAUGCUAACAGAAUCUUCAAAGUUUCCUGAUGUAUUUCUGUCAGAAAAAUAGGGUAAACAUUCUUCAGACUUCGCAUCUGCAACAAGAUAAGAGAUGUACAGUUUUCUCCUAAAACCUUUCAUCCUCUUCGUUCUCCUUGGUCCAUCCUCUUCGAUUUUUCAAGCAUCCGAAUUGGGGAUUAGGUAUUUACACAGGUGAUUUGAUCUUUACACUGACGAUUGGUAUCUAAAUUGGAGUUUAGAAAAAUGAGCAAUUGGCGUUCUGAAUUGUGAGAAGAACAAGGUUGCCAGAAGUUCGUGUCAGGUCAUACUUGAUACCUCCGAGGAAUGCGUGACACGUCAGCACCGUAAAAGAUCCCACAACACUAUGGGUAGAAUUGAUAGAAUGUUUAUAACAAAAUGAUUGAUAUUGGUAAAUUUGUGUUCAGAAAGUUGAUGCAUCUACUAUUUAGAAGACCGUGAGUAUCUUUGCACCGCCACUAUUUUGAUAUUGGAGCCACAAAGGAAACUUUCCUUGGACACUGAGGUUGCAGCAACGUUACAGGUUUAUAUAUAGUCACAUCUUAUGGACAUGAACCGAUGUUCAUGUUAGCCAACCCCAAUUAUUUUGAGACUAAGGCUUAGAAGAGGAAAAAGGAGCUUUGCCUUGGCUACAUAGUUAAGCUAUCUCCAUUAUGUAUCCUCCUGUUGGUGUUUUUAGUACUUUCCUCAACUUCUUGCCACUUAUUCUCAAGCGAUGAUUAACGAGACACGGGAUACUUUGGUUACAUAUUUUUUCAAGCAAAAACAAGUUAUCAAUGAUCGAAUUGAUGAAGAUGAAGAAAAUGAUCUUUUGGACUUUGGUCAUGAAUAAUCUUUGUAGUUAGUGCAUAUUGAAACUUUCUAACAUUUUUUUUGGGAAUCUCGUAGCAAGUUAAUACAUUUGAAGUACUUUGGAUUUGAACUUGUAAUUCUCACAGUAGUUUUAUUUAGUUUAUAAAUUGUUUUGGAGAACAAGAAGUUGGUACAUUGGUCGAUUUGGAGAAUUUUUAUGAAUAUAUAUAGAGUUGAUGGAUUAUUAAAUGUCAA